AUGAAUCCACCGGACAGGUACAUUCUACAAACCUUUACUUACUGUUAAGUUUAUUCUAUGUUGUAACUUGUCUAUUGAUUAUGCAAAGUCACCUUUGAGUAUCAUUUUCAACUUGUUUGAGGUUCAAUGUUAUAUCAUCAAUCAUGCCACAUUUGUCAUUAUGGCCCAAAGCAAAUCAUAAAUAUAAAAUCUCAUUUGGAGUGUACAAAGUCACCUUUGAGUAUCAUUUUCAACUCGUUUGAGGUUCAAUGUUAUACCAUCAAUCAUGCUACAUUUGUCAGUAUGGCCCGAAGCAAGUCAUAAAUAUAGUAUGGCCGACGCAAAUCAUAAAUAUAAAAUCUCAUUUGGAUCCAAAAUUUCCAAUAGUUGAAUAAUCUGCUUGUGAUGUUACUUUGAGUGUAUAUCCACACUGGGCAGGCCUGAAAAAUAUGUCUGGCCACAGUGGGAAUCAAACCUAUGACCUUUGGAAUGCUCUGCCAACUGAGCUAUGCGGUCAGGUUGGUUCGAGUAUGUGAUAUUUCAGAACUGAGUCUAGUUCCUUUGAUAUCAGUGUAACCUAAUACACUUUGAUAUCAGUGUAAACACCAACACAGCAAAUAUCAUGAUUAUUAGAUUACACUGAUAUGGAAGGAACUAGACUCAGUUCUGAAAUAUCACAUACUCGAACCGACCUUACCGUGUAGCUCCACAGAGCAUUGGGCUAGUAUUCCAAAGGUCGUAGGUUUGAUUCCCACCGUGGCCAGGCAUAUUUGUCAGGCCUGCCCGGUGUAGAUAUACCAUAGAUAUAGGAGAUCUAGAUUGCUGACUGUAAUGUAUUCUAUUACACACGCCACACGCCAACAUGGGCAUUCAAAAUGGCAGCUCAACUGGUCAAAAAUCAUAGAGCGUUUCCGAUUCUGUUGAACCACCUAUUUUUGUCUACUGUUUCAGAUUCUGUUGAACCACCUUUUUUUUGGGAAGAACUAGCUGGUGUGAAUGUUUUGGAUGAAAAUUUGUACAAUUUAAGUUCAAUAAAGACGAAAUAAUCAACCGCUAAAUGAUUUCUGAAAAUCAUCACAUGGUCAGUUGAGCAGUUCGAGACAUUUUGUUGCAGAAAUUAAAGGUUUUGGGUGCUUUUUUUUCGAGGAUCUCGGUUGGGAUAUAUAACAGGGAAUCAUAUUGUGAAGUAUUUUGAAGUUUAAAACCUAUUUUGCUUGAUUUACCUGGUCUGAUGGUGCAAAAACUCUGAUGCUCUGUUUACAAGUGUUUAGUGUAACUUUAAUGACCUCCUUGCUGCUGCAGAUGUCAAGGGAUCUUGAGUCUAUAUGGCCUGGACAGUGAAAAGUGACGAAUCAAUCAGGAUUUUAGAGGGAACAAGAUGCCUGCUCAGGCGUUCACACUGGCCUGAAAAUAACGAGAUACGUGCUAUGGUGCAAAAGGCAGGAAUACAAAUCUUAAACCACAAGCAAAUUUUAUGGACUUUUUUUAAAAAAUAAAAGACCUUUUUGGGAGACAUUAAUGGUGCAAAUCUAUAACUAGGAGUUACUAUCGCAAGGAAAGUGCUGCCUUUUUGGCGUAUGAACUGAAUGCAAAAAUUUAUACUUUACACAAUUCUCGGUUAUAUCCCCAAUGUUUCCUUCUCGUUCAUCUUAAGCCCGUUCACAAACUCAUUCUUAAAUUGUGUGCACGGUAUACAAGUAAAUAGCCAACAUGAAAAUGAAGCCAUUUUUGGGUCAAAAUUAGUGGAUAUUAAGGUCUAUUACCUAUUAGCUGCCAAUGCACACUACUUUAGUAUUAACUCUGGCUAACACCAGAUCAAUUUACACUGUAACGCCAGACGAUUUUACUUGUUAGUGGCAGAGUACUGUCAGUAAAUGGGUUAACAAACACAUCUGCCAAUGUCUCUUAUUAACCCAUUAACAGGCAAUGCAUCCUGCUUUAGUAUUCUUUAGUAACUCUUCAGAAUUUGCUCAGAGUCAAUGUGAGUAACAUACAUCUUGUAUUCAAGCGCUUUCAUGUACAAAGUUUCGUUUGAAUACGGCACAGAGUAGGAAUAUUUAUUUUGAAUUUUUCAGAAUAUCGGGUUUUUACUCGCACGCCACAGGUAUUUUUUUUUUACGCCUUAGGCAAAUGAGUAGACUUGCCACAAGUCAACCUCGAACGAAAUGCGUUUCUUCAAGGUCGACUUGUGGCAAGUCUAGCAAAUGAGAACCAUACAAUGAUGGUUCUAGCCUUGUUGGUAUUUUGAACGCACGCUUUAUCUUUAGUAUAGCUACCACAAAGCUUUUUGCGCGGAUUAUAUUUCGCGCAGUACUAAAAUUUCCGCACCCAGCAGCCAGCGCUACGCGAAUUCUCUUAAUUCUAGUACUGUGCGGAUUUUAAUACAUGUAUUUAAAGGUAUAUUGUCAACAUUUGACUAAAACUAUCAUAAGGAAUUAGGAGAGUUUGUCCUUGUUUAUAUUCCAAUAUAUUGUAUAAAUUCGCUGGGUACAAAUUUAUGAAAUUUUGGGGUUUUCGAGUCGUUUGAUUUAAUACAAAAAGAAAAACAUUAAUUCAACAGGCAAGAAAGUUCAGAGUGCGAUGCAAAAAUUAACACAAGUACACAACGGAUGUUAUGAGUCCACAACGUAUAUUUAUAGUUGUUUAUUAAAAAGUCAAACCUUUAACUUGUCCUUGUUUAAGCCUUUAACUUGUCCUUGUCUUCGCUGGGUCUAAAUUUUGUGGUUUUCGAGUCGUUACACAAAGAAAAACACAUUAAUUCAACAUGUAAGAAAGUCCAGAGUACGACACAACGUAAAAUCCAUAGGAAACCGGCACAAUUGUUUGAAAAUUCAACGAAACUGUGUAAAAUAUAGUUUGAUCACUCGGUGAAAAGCCGCCAUUGGAGUUCGGAAUUGUGCGCGUGCGUACAAGUGUAUGGGCUAAUAAACGAAAAAUGCACCACAAGCAUGGCAUGAGUCGGCAAUUACGUACAUAAAUACGGACUUAUUACUAUACUAUCUAAAUCAUGGAACUGAGGGAAUCGAUGGCAUUUUGGCUUAGUCGUUGCACCCCGAGCCUGCGAUGAGCUAACGCAAACUCGAUCUCUCGACUACGAAAAAAACCAGGAAAACACAGGGGGAAAAAACAGAAAAAGAGGGAUUUAAGACACUUGGCCUACAGGCCAGUGUAACUAGUGACAGCAAAAGUUUUCAAUGGAAACUAGUUUGAAGAAACUGACUAAUUUGUCUGGUAUGCAUCAAAAACGAGAUGUAAAUCAGCUGAAUAUCAAAGAAAUAACAAACCAGCUCUCGUUUGUUCAACUUGUUAAAUCACCCACCAGAGGUCAACGAAUAUUAGACGUGUUCCUUACAAAUGUACCACACUUUUGGAAGAAAAUCAAAGUGGAAAAAAGUUUACUAAGAUCUGAUCACAGCAUGGUUUUAGCACAUCCUAGGGAAACUGUAAAAGCAAACAGGAAAACAGCAUAUUUUCGAGACGGUAGACAUCAGAACCAGUUAAAAAUGAUGCGCGAGUUGGAACAUGUCGAUUGGGAUGUUAUAACUUCAGACGAGAAAACCGUGGAUGAAAUGGUCAGUACGUUUUAUGAAAUAAUCUGUCCAUUGUUUGAAAAGUGCUUUCCGUGUAUAAAAGUAAGACUGUCUACACGCGAUCCUCCAUUUAUGUCGCCCUUGGUGAAACAUCUCCUCAAUCUUAGAAAGAAAGCGAUGAGACAACAGGAUUCCGAACUUAGAAAUCGUCUACAGGAGAAGAUAAACUCACUUAUACUUGAAAACCAAAGGAGGGCAGUUAGACAGGAAUAUAACAAUCACAAGACGGGUGUUCAAAAAAAUGGUGGGAAACAGUCAACAGCAUUACGUCGAGGACCAAAAACAAUAUUUCAGUAAGUGCUUUAAUCGAUCCAAAUGAUAUAAAUGUUCAUUUUAAAAAUAUAAAUACUGAUUGCAAUUACAAGGCUCCCGACCUCUGCGUGAUUCCAGAAGGCACUAAAAUCCCAACCUUGUCCAUUAAUAUGGUUGAACAGUUCUUACAGAAACAGCAAAAAACUGCUGCUGGCCCUGAUGACCUACCUUACUGGUUCUGGAAGAACUUCUCGUUAGAUCUAGCACCAGUUAUUACAACAAUAUUUAAUUGUUCCUUAAUGACAGGCAUAGUUCCAAACACCUGGAAAAAAGCAAAUGUAUUACCACUGCCAAAGGAAUCUCUGCUGAAAACCUGCAAUCAAUUAAGGCCCAUCUCACUGCUAUUAUAAUGCAACUAUUCGAAAGAUGUGUACAUAAAACAGAACUAUCUCAUGUAAGUGAAUUUAUUGGACAGGAUCAAUUCACUUAUAAGAAAGGACAUAACUCUACUAUGGCCCUUAUCGAAUGCCAUCAUACCUGGUUAAAGUGGUUGGACAAUGAUGCUAGUUACGUAAGAAUUUUCUCUUUUGAUUUCAGCAAAGCUUUCGAUAAUGUUCCACAUGACAUAUUAUGUACGAAACUGAAACGCUUAGCUAUAAAUCCAUACAUUAUCAACUGGACUAUUAACUUUCUCAAAAAUAGACAACAAAGAGUUGUAGUUGAUGGCAUCAUCACAAACUACCUAGACAUUAAUUGUGGUGUUCUGCAGGGAACAGUUUUAGGGCCAAUUCUUUUUUCGAUUAUGGUAAACGAUAUUAAAGCAAUUGACCAUCAAAAUGAAUUAAUUAAAUUUGUGGAUGACAUGACCUUAGGAGUUCCUGGAACAAAUGAAGGCGAUACAUCUAGAAUUGAAGUGGACAAUAUAAUCGAGUGGUCUCAAAGAAAUCGCAUGCUACUAAACAUGGACAAAACUUGGGAAAUGGUUAUGUGUGGCAACGUUCAUAGGUCUAUACCUAAUCCAAUACCAAUGAUCGAAAGGAAGACCUGGCUGAAAAUUCAAGGUACAAUAUUGCAAGAAAAUCCAAGCAACUGGGACAUGCACUUUGACCAGCUGAUUAAUAAGGCAAACAGUAGAAUGCAGAUUAUGCGAGUAUGCAAAUACUACGGAAUGACAAUAGAACAAUUAGAUUUGUUAUUCAAUAGUCUAAUUAUGUCUGUACUGACAUACGGAAUAGAAUUAUGGGGAUGUGCCUAUUAUGACAAAUAUUUGAAACAAAUUGAUAAAUUUGUAAGUAGAGCACGAAAAUAUGGUUAUACUUCAAAAGGUUACUCGAUGAAAGAAAUAAUAGGUUCCAGAGACAAGAAGUUAUGGGAUAAAGUGACAUCAAAUGUGAACAAUCCAUUGCAUUGA